GAGAUGAUGAGAGGGGAGGGAAGUCGCGUCGCCUGAGCGUCGGCUUUGCGUCUAUGGGGGGUUUGGCUAGAUGAGGCGCGGCGCACUCUGCCCUCUCCAUGCCACCUGUAUGGAUGACCACUUUAAACUAAUCGACUCACCCCGCUCGGUGAGACACAGAGGCAACAACGUUCAGAACCACUGUUACUUCCAGACGGAGAAGGGCGUCAUGACAGUCGAGAACAUGUUGGAGGAGUCAGCGGCGCUUUCGAGCCACCUGUCCGUGGAUCGAUAUGAGCGAGAGCGUGGACGCGAUUGCUGCGAGAGGGUGGUUCUCAACAUUUCAGGGUUACGCUUCGAAACUCAACUCAAAACUUUCAACCAUUUUCCGAAAACGUUGCUCGGGGACCCCAGAAAGAGAAUGCGUUACUUUGACCCACUGAGGAACGAGUACUUCUUCGACAGAAACCGACCCAGCUUUGAUGCCAUUCUCUAUUAUUACCAGUCAGGAGGGCGCAUACGGAGACCUGUUAACGUGCCUAUUGACAUCUUCUCUGAGGAGAUCAAUUUCUAUCAACUCGGGGAAGAGGCUAUGGAAAAAUUCAGAGAGGACGAAGGAUUCAUAAAAGAAGAGGAACGUAUUUUACCCAAUAAUGAAUUCCAAAAGCAGGUUUGGCUUUUGUUUGAAUACCCUGAAAGCUCUGGCCCAGCUAGGGGAAUAGCUAUCAUCUCAGUGCUUGUCAUUUUAAUAUCAAUUGUUAUAUUCUGUUUAGAGACCUUGCCUGAGUUUCGGGAUGACCGGGAACCUAUCCCGUUAGCACUUACAGUCAAUGGGACGGCCUCCUAUCACGCAAAUCCAUUCACCGACCCUUUCUUUGUGAUAGAAACACUUUGCAUAAUCUGGUUCUCUUUUGAGUUGCUCGUCAGGUUCUUCGCGUGCCCCAGCAAAUCCACGUUCUCAAAAAACAUCAUGAACAUAAUCGACAUUGUCGCCAUAUUUCCCUACUUCAUCACUUUGGGGACAGAACUGGCUGAGAAGCAGGGUAACGGUCAGCAAGCCAUGUCCCUGGCCAUUCUCAGAGUGAUAAGGCUCGUGAGAGUCUUUCGCAUCUUCAAGCUCUCCAGGCAUUCUAAGGGCCUACAGAUCUUAGGGCAGACGCUAAAGGCCAGCAUGAGGGAGCUUGGACUGCUGAUAUUUUUUCUUUUCAUUGGAGUUAUCCUUUUCUCCAGUGCUGUUUAUUUUGCCGAAGCCGAUGACCCAUCCUCCAGUUUCACUAGCAUCCCAGAUGCGUUCUGGUGGGCUGUGGUCACCAUGACUACUGUCGGAUACGGAGACAUGCACCCUGUGACAAUUGGUGGCAAAAUUGUUGGGUCAUUGUGUGCUAUUGCCGGAGUGUUGACUAUUGCUCUCCCUGUGCCAGUUAUUGUCUCCAACUUCAAUUACUUUUACCAUAGGGAGACUGAUGGAGAAGAGCACGCACAGUACUUGCACGUCAGCAGCUGCGAGCACCUACCCUCAGCCACAGAGGAGCUGAAAAGGACUCGUAGCACGUCAUCUCUGAGCAAGUCAGAAUAUAUGGUUAUAGAGGAGGGCAUCAACAGUGGGUAUAAACAGCCCAACUUCACCAAUGAGAAUAACCAAAACUGCGUGAACAUCAAAAAGAUAUUCACGGACGUGUAAAUGCUUUCAUGUUAUAUGAUGGAGAUAUAGACUUACGACUACUAUUUUUUUUCUAUGAUAGCUACACUAAUCGUGAUGUGUCGGUACAUAUCUGUCAGGUGGAGUGUGCUAGUGUGCCACACAGGUUGCAAAACGUACUGUGAUCUUACAAUUCAUCCUUGAGUCCAAACAGGUGUUGAUGUUCGGUAGUUCGGUAGGUUGUAAGUGUUGCAUAUAUAUUCCCGAACCGAAACAGUGUUGUCGUUGUGUUUUUUUGAGGGGAAACGUUCGUUGGCUUAUCAGUGUUCAGUCUUGUCAUGAAUAGCAAUACAAUAUAAUCUACAAUGUCUGUAGGAUGUUGCUUACAUCGGAUGAUGACAAACAUAGGCUAUGCUUGAAUGGGCAACCUAUGCGUAAUGGAAAUAUGGAUAUACAGUAUCAUAGCCUACGAGAGCAGGCUUUUAGCAUUACAGCCAAUACCAAAUAAAACAAGAAAAUGAAAGUACCAAGACUCGGGAAUGUCUUUGAUAAAGUAUCUCCGUGUAAUUUGAAUCUAUCAUUACCCAUUAAAUGGUCUGGAAUAAUUGUAUAGCCCACAAUUGAUAUUGGUAGUAAUUAUUGGUAAUUCAUGGAUCUGGCCAUAAUUCCAUCCAAAGACAUCGUCAGGACUACAUGGAAUUUAUUUUCCGACAAACAUGACUUCAAGACAAUUUCCAUCAUGGAGGAUAGUGUGAGCACAAUGAUGAAGACUUGGACACAUUGCAUAUAAUGGGCGUGGAUGGAAGAAAGAAGAACAGCAAAGUCCCGCCUCCUGGAUGCCACUGAACCUUGUGAUGCAGUCUCCAUGACGACUACAGUUUCCUGGGUAACCCCGUUAAUGUUACCAUGGUAUCACUCUGCGUUUUCACAGAAACCCUCCAGAUGGAUCAGCAGCCCGCCUUGAAAGAGAGAACAGAGCCCUCCUUGGAUGGAUAUUUUCACUUGGCUAGAUCAGAUAACCUCAUCUCAACCUGGCAACAAGCGUUGCCCAACCAACACUGCUGCAGUAGAACACAUGCACCUGAAAGGCCUAGAAGAGAAUUAGCCUG